AUGCAUUGCUACAAUCAAAAUGGCGGCGCCCAUGCGAGUGAGAACUACGUUCUCUAUUUUCCGAAGGGUUUCCAGCCAAUUUGGUUCGUGGAACAGGAACUAUUGCUCUGACGUUACAAAGAAGGGAAUCAUUGUUGGUGUGUAUAGCAAAGAAGAUGACAAAGAAGAAGGUUUCGUCUUUACAAAGGCAGCUGAGGAAGUGAACGACAGAGCGUCAGGGCGAUUGCAGGAACUCUUGAACAUUGCUGGGCCUACCGUGAAGCAAGGCAAGGCAAAGAUUCUCUACGAUGUCAAUCAGGAUUUCAGCAGUGUAGCAGUCGUGGGUCUGGGCAAGCAGUCUGCGGGAUACAACAAUGUGGAGCAGGUCAACGAGGCGAAGGAAAAUAUUAGAGCGGCGAUUGCCGCUGGCGCUACGCAACUCAGAGAGUCGGGGGCCAAGCACAUCAGUGUGGACCCUUGCAGUGAUGCACAAGCUGCUGCAGAAGGUGCCAGCCUCGCUCUGUUCUCCUACGAUGAGCUGAAAGAUGAAAGCAAGAGAAAGCCACUCGUGGAGCUGGACAUAUUGGGCAAUACAGAAAAGUCAGCCAAGGAGCAGUGGGCCAGGGGUAUGACCUUGGCCAGCAGCCAGAACUUUGCCCGGACCCUGAUGGAGAUGCCGGCCAAUCGACUGACGCCGAGACGCUUUGCCGAGAUCACGGGAGAGCAGCUUCGCAUCACCAAGACCAUCGUAACAAGAGCGCAUACACAGCAGUGGGCAAUGGAGAAGAACAUGGGAGGUUUCCUGAGUGUUGCCAAGGGCUCAGAUCAGCCGCCGAUCUUCCUAGAGAUGACCUACAAUGGAACAGACCCAGCAGUCAAACCGCUGAUAUUGAUUGGCAAAGGGGUCACCUUCGAUAGCGGUGGUAUAUCCAUCAAGCCAGCACAGAACAUGGAUGCUAUGCGAGCCGAUAUGGGCGGAGCCGCUGUGGUUGCCGGGGCAAUGGAUGCCAUAGCAACGCUGCAGCUGCCAAUCAAUGUAGUUGCCCUGACGCCACUGUGCGAGAACCUCCUGAACGGGUCAGCCAAUAAGCCGGGGGACGUCGUCAAGGCGAUGAAUGGAAAGACAAUACAGAUUGACAACACUGACGCAGAGGGACGGGUCCUUCUGGCUGACGCUUUGUGCUACGCAUGCACAGAGUUUGAGCCCAGAGCUGUGAUUGACCUUGCAACACUCACAGGAGCCGUUGACGUAGCCUUGGGUUCAGCCGCUACAGGCACCUUUUCUACCUCCGAGACACUGUGGUCAGACCUACAUCAGGCUGGAGUGGAGACCGGCGACAGGUUGUGGCGUCUGCCUCUCUACAAACACUACACCAGUCAGGUGACGGAGAGCCACCUGGCUGACGUCAACAAUGUUGGCAAACAUCCAAGGUCGGCAGGAUCCUGCACUGGAGCGGCGUUCCUUAAAGAGUUUGUGACCGUGCCUGAGUGGGCCCACCUUGACAUCGCUGGGGUCAUGGAAAACAAAGAUGAGAUUCCCUACCUUGUCAAAGGCAUGACAGGCCGUCCAUUGAGAACAUUGGUGGAGUUUGUGGCAAGGAUGGCAAACCAGUCUUAAAUGAAUCACUGAGAUAUAAAGAAAAAGAUCCAGACAUACAUACUUUGUUGCAUUCACAGAAAGUAUAUAGAUGAUAAGAUGAUCAGAUUCAAAAUUAUGACCCCUCCAGUGAGUGUGGACUUUUUUUAUGGCGGUGUUUAUAUUUUUAAGCCCUGGUAUAUUCUCUUGGGGCCUAAGCGAACAAAUACCAUCUGCCCAAUCCAGAAACGGAACUUCGGGGUGAGGUGUUAUGAAAUGACUUACUAUUGUGAAAACUCCUUAUUCAUAAGUAUUCAUAAUACUUGCAUAUAAUUGAGCAUGAAUAAUUAAUUGUGAAUGACAAGUAAAGGUGAUCAUAGAAUAAAUUAUUAUAACUUUCCUUUUUUUUUACCAAAGCAGAUUUGAAGUUGCCUCAUAAUGUGGAUCAUGCCGGAAUAUAAUUGCAAUGCUGUAGACUAUGGGCUUCGUGGACGGGACACACAAGCAUGUGUGCACUGUAAAGUACUGGUGUCAUAUGAAAAUCGGACUCGUAUGAAAAUCGGACUCUUUUUCCCUUUUAUUGGUUAAACCCUCUCACGUGACCGGUCCCUCUCCUAAUUAUCUAUGCAUGAGCAUGCGCAAUACCAUCAAUGAGUGCGUAUUUCAUAAAACCUAAAUUCAUGCUACACAGGUUCACACGUUAAUUACACACAACUUCCUGAAUGUGCCCAAGCUAUUUGCCACGGCGUCUAUGUGCGAGUGUCGGGCGUCGUCGGCGCGCGAAUACAUUCGAAUUUAACUUGUGAUGGUCUCCCAGACUAAUCCCCGCCCCAAUAACUUUAGAUCAUGCGAAAUACGCAGUGGAUGGACCAGGAACCAGUCUAGGUCUCCCCAACUCUCCUUUUCUGGCCGUUGAAGGAGUACAUGUGCACAGAGUCCAUAGUAUAUUCUCCCAUCUCCCCUGAUUUUCAACAUUUUUCGAACCCAUUAGCAGCUGUAUGAAAUUUUAUUACAUUACUUCUGUUGCCUGAUGAAUCCUUAUAAUAGAGCUCAUCUGGUUUGGGGCAGUGUGAGGGAGUAACAGGUAGGGCGGUUUUGGGCGGUACGGGGACUAAUGGGUUCAAAAGAGGAUGGGACUAGAUAGUGAUCCGAGAGUUUAUUAGAUUAAGUAAAAGUAUGUAAGUAAAUUUUAUAAAAAUAUUCAAUUGUCUGAAAUUAACCACCGUUUGAUUGUAAAUUGAACUUUGAAGUUGAUUAUUUUAAUCCACUUUAUAUUUUAUGAUGCUGUACUUUGAAAAUGAAAGAAGAAACUCAUUCAAUCUAGUACAGUAUGGCAAUCUGCCAUCAACUUUUAUUCCCCCCCCCCUGAAAACUUUGUACAAAGGAAUCAUUUGUGAAGAUAAAUGGCAAAUAAAAUGUAAUACAAAGAA